AUGCAUUUCACCGCCUACAUCGUCGCUGCAAUCGCAACCGCCAGCACCGCUCUGGCCCACAUGGAAAUGGUCCGUCCUUUCCCUCUGAAGAGUCAGUUCGAUCCCCAGAACGACUGGUCGAACAUUGACUACGACAACACCUCCCCAUUGGAGCCAAAUGGAUCCAACUUCCCCUGCAGAGGCCACCAUAAGAACGCCGCCUGGCGCACCGUUGCCAACUACACCGCCGGCCAAAGCGACUACAUGAAACUUGCGCCCGGAAACAGCCACCGCGGAGGCUCCUGCCAGAUCUCGCUCAGCUACGAUAACGGCCAGACCUUCCGUGUGAUCGAGUCGUACAUGGGAGGAUGCCCGCUCAAGCUUGAAUGGGACUUUGAGAUCCCCUCGUUCGCGCCCGGUGGCCAUGCGCUGUUCGCUUGGAGCUGGUUCAACAUCGAGGGAAACCGCGAGAUGUACAUGAACUGCGCCCAGGUCGAGAUCGAGGGCGGCUCUGACUCCACGCAAUUUAAUCAGCUGCCCGAGAUCUUCACGGCGAAUAUUGGAAACGGAUGCAGCACUGUCGAGGGCAAGGAGACUGUCUUUGCACACCCCGGUGACAGUGUUGGAUAUGCUGGAAAGGUUUCGCCAGAUGACGCUCCUUUCCCCAAGUGUGGUGGAAAUGCCUAG